CUCGGCGCGUUGCAGUCGAAAACAGCUCGCGACCGCGCGACGCUGGCCUCAGUGUUAGGCGGGAAAUUAAAAACAUGAGUUUAGCGACUGUCGUACUGUUUCUGGUCGCGUUGACGUGUGGUCAGGAGAUACACCAGGAGGUGGACCAACCUGUAGAAUUAGCGGAUGAGUUGGCCGAUACCGAUGUGGUGCUCGCUUUUGUGAUAUUCCGUCACGGCGACCGCACCCCUGACGAGGAGGAGCUGGCGCUCUCAGCGGAGGUCGUCAACAAAAACGUCUUCUUCCCUUACGGUACAAAAGCGCUAACCAAUCGGGGUAAGCAACGUGCCUAUAAAGUCGGGCAGUACAUCAGAAGACGCUACGAUGGCUUGAUAUCGAGGCUGUACCUGCCGGACGAGAUUGUGAUCCGAACAACGGAUUACGCGCGGACAAAGAUGACGGCGCUUGCUGCGCUGGCCGCGAUAUACCCGCCGCCGCCUGCGCAGAAAUGGAACCCUGCGUUGGACUGGCAACCUGUGCCAUACAAUAUGUUGCCGUACGAUGAGGAUGACCUCCUAUACUGGUACAACUGCCCACGCUAUCUCUGGCUGCGAGACAGAAUAUAUCAACUACCUGAAGUGGCACCUACUUUGAGACAAUACAAUGACCUAUUCCGAUACUUGAGCGAGCACACAGGAACAAACAUCACUACACCCGAACAAGUUUUCUUUUUGGAUAACCUUUUCCAAGCACUGAACAAUGUUAACCUAGGACCACCUAAAUGGGCACAAGACGUAAUGCCCCAAAUCAAAGCCAUGACAAAGAUUGAAUAUGCCAUAGAAGUUUUUAAUGACGAAUUGAAGCGAUUGUCGAUAGGUGUGCUGAUGGCCGAAAUCGUCAAUGCGACGAACGCUGCGAUAGCCGGCUUCACCGACCAGCCCAAGUUGCGGCUGUACUCCGCUCACGAGAACAACGUAGCCACCCUGAUGGCGGCUGCCAGAGUCUUCGAACCGCACCAGCCUAUGUACGGAGCUACAUUCUCGUUAGAGCUGCGACGUCAUCAACUAACCGGGCAAUACGGUUUUACGGCCGUGUACGCGCCGGUCGCCGGCGAGCCGGAACAAUACCUGAAGAUAAACGGAUGCGGCGGCACAACGUUUUGCUACUACACCAACUUCCUCGAACUGACGCAGAACGUUUUGUGGUCCCGGCAAGAUUUCCAAAACCAAUGUCCGAGAAGAAAUGUGUAUGUCAGUGGUUAUACAAAGAUGGUUCACGACGAGACACAGCAUGUGACAGUCUAUUGUGAAUGUCCCAAAAUAUUACCGGAAAAACUGACUGCAGCAUCAGAUUACAAUGUAGAAGUGCCUACAAGGCGGAGGAAAAUGAAAGAGGGCGGUCGCGAGGAGGAGCCGACCAACGCGGCGGAAGCGGCACCGGGCCUGCGCACCGAACACACCUGCUGCUGCCUCGGCGUGUUGGUAGGCGUCUCGCUCAUCGCCGCCCUCGUAGCCGUGAUCCUAAUGAAAGAUAACAACAUAGAAGUAACCGUCUUACGACAAGUACAUGUGCUAAUGUCCCAUGGUGAACGCACGCCCAGUGAACGUGAGUUGGCGAUGCUGGGGACUCCGCCGCCGGACCACGUCUUCGCGCCCUACGGUGCCGGUGCUAUUACUAAUGAGGGCAAGAUGUUGACUUACGAGAUGGGCGCAUUACUUAGAAAAAGAUAUAAUGACUUCAUGGGACCUUAUUAUGAGCAAGAAAACAGCAUCGUAAUAGCGUCGAACACGAAUCUAAGCAAGAUGACAGCUCUCCUGAUAUCGGCGGGGCUGUGGCCGCCGCCGCAGGAGCAAGAGUGGAACGACACGAUCAGCUGGCAGCCGGUGCCGUACAAUUACCCACCGAGUGAUAAGGAUUUUCUUCUGUAUGAAGAGAACUGUCCGAGAUACAAUCAAGAAAAGGGGAGAAUUUUAGACGCAUACAUAAAAGAGGGAUUGUUGCUGCCUUACAAAGAUCUCUUCUACAAGAUCGCGCAGAUGACGAACAUCAACUACAGCACGCCGCAAGACGCUUACUAUUUAAACAAUUUGUUCCUAAUACAGGACGAUAUCAAAGUAGCGAACCCGAAAUGGGCAAAACAUGUGAAAAGAAAAUUGAUCGCGGCUGCGCACGUGGAGUACCAGAUGAUGUUUCACGACAAUUUGUUGAAGAAGCUCAGUGGUGGGGCUCUCCUCCAACAAAUAAUAAAGGAGGCGUCCAACUCCAGUUGGCGUGUGAUAGUGCGCACAGGCACCCCGGUAAACGUGGCCGCUCUGCUGGCCGCGUGCGUAGCAGCACCCCCCCGCAUGCCCGAUCCAGGCGCGGCGCUUCUUUUCGAACUACACGAAAAGCUACCGCAACCGAACGAAAAGAAUACAUUGACGUAUGAGCAGCGGUUUGGUUUUAAGAUCUACUAUUGGGACGACGAUUCGGCCGAACCUCGCCUGAUGGAGGUUCCAGGCUGCAACGCUUUCUGCCCCCUAGAGACAUUCAAGGAACUAACCGCACUAAUGGUGCCGGUCGACUUUACCAAGGAAUGUGAACUUGUUGCCACUUGAUAUAUAUAGUGAAAUAGUGUAGUGUAUAGUGUGAAGAAGUGCAUAAGGCUGUGGUUUGUAUUUAGUAUUCGGAUUUAUGGCUCAGGUAAUAAAGCACAUUAUUGUAUUGAG